GCGACUUUGACUUGUGACAGUUUUUGUUCGAUCAUCGCUAUAAGCAGAGCGCACAAAAACGAAUAUUGAGAGAGAGAGAGAGAGAGAGAGAGAGAAUGGUGAACAUAAUCAAGCUCUACCAGCCUUUGAUGAGAGCGGCAAUGAAGUUCGCCGGCGUGAGACCUCGAAAGAUCGAGAUCGAACCCGGAACUGUCAUGAACUUCUGGGCUCCAACCCGAACUCCAAACAAAAACAAGAAUGCUGUCGUCUUCCUUCACAGCUUCGUUGGCGACGGCAUGAUCACGUGGCAGCUCCAGGUCCUUGCACUAGCAAGGAAGUAUGCCGUCUAUGUGCCGGACCUCCUCUUCUUCGGCGGCUCUGCCACUGGCGACAGCCGCCGGACGGUGGACUUCCAGGCGGAGUGCGUGGCGAAGGGGCUGGCGGCGCUUGGGUUGCAGCAGUACACGGUGGUGGGGUCGAGCUAUGGCGGGAUGGUGGCGUUCAAAUUGGCUGAGUCGCGGCCCGAGCUGGUGAAGUCGGUGGUGGGGACGUGCACCGUACCGGUGCUGACCGAGUCGAUAAGCAAGGAGUGCCUGGAGAGAUUGGGGUUUCCGACAUGGUCAGAUCUUUUGUUGCCUAAUUCUGUUGAUGGGGUGAAGAAGAUGUUUGAAGUUGGGAGCCACAAGUUGCCCAGAAUCCCUAAUCGUGUUUUCGAGGACGGUUUAGAGGUCAUGUUUGACUACAGAAAGGAGAAGGCUGAACUGCUGGAGGCUUUGGUCAUUCCAGACGAGGACUUCACUUUGCCAGACUACUCCCAGAAGGUCCAUCUAGUCUGUGGCGCGGACGACAAUAUCUUCAAUGUAGGCUUAGUGAAAGAUAUCAAAGGAAAAUUGGGAAAUAAAGCGACGAUGGAGUGCAUUGAGAAAGCAGGCCAUCUUGCUAUGUUGGAGCGGCCGUUCGUCUACAAUAAAUGUUUGAAGAGAAUUCUUGCCUCCAUCUACGAUAAGAGGUCAAACUAGUUUAGCUAUGAAGAAACAUCGUUUAUUUGCAUAUUUAUUUAUUUACUGAAAGUACAAAGAACUAUAUGUGACAUCCCAGAUUUUCAAUUGAAUAAAUCGGGCAUUUCAUCGA